ACAAACCCAUAAAUUUUUUUUUUUUCUCUAGAAAAGAAAAGGAAUACGUGAGAAGCGCCUAACAAAUUCGAAUUCGAAAAUAUAAGAGAGAGAGUGAGAGUGAUAUAGGAUUCCCCGAGAAGAGAGCUCCUGUCGUCAUCCUCCGCCGUAACAAUGAAAUCUUGUGCCCGGAGACCUCUCCAGCCGCUAAACGGUCUUCAACAGUUCAGACCAGUAGGAAUCAAGCCAAAGCAUGAGCCGGAGAAGAACAAGGAGAACCAUCCCUUCGACACGUCCCUGGCCGAGGAGCUCGGCGCCUUCAAGAAGAAGCUGCAGCGGCUGAGAGAAGACCAUCACAGCACGGAGCAGUUGCUGAGUCAGCGAGAUCGAGCCAUGGAUCUCCACAUGAAGCACCUCCUUGAGAGAGGCGACUUCCAAAAGAAGCUCGAGAUCGAGGUCGAUCGUCUCUUCCGAUUGAAGGAGCUAUCUGCCUAUUCCUCCAAAAUUUCUCCGAUCCGACCGCUGAGAGAGAGAAGGAACUGCGGCGGCCAUGGAAUCUCACUCCACGAACGAGAGACAGAGGAAGAGAAGUCGAUGGAAGAGGAUGGUCAGUCCUUGGGAACUCCGUCGCCGAUCCAAUCGCAGAACGAAAGGAGCCAAGUCCAGGAACUGGACUGGGUGAGGAGAACCCCGAGGCCGAGAGAGGGAUAAUUCUCAUCUGAUGUUUGUGUGGGUUCCAGCUAAACGUCUCUAUGUUUCCACUUGCAAUUUGGGCUUUGCUCUUUUUGGGCUUUGAUGAAAAGCCCAUUUGAUCUAUAUCCAUGAUGGAACAAUGUCCGAGAUUUUUGGGCUUUGAUGAUAAACACUUUUCGAAUAUUAUGUAUCGCAGAACGUGCAAAAUAAAAACAUAUAUUUUGUCAA